AUGCGGUACCCCCGCUUGCGCUACCCCCCCGUGCGUUAUCCCUGCAUGCGGUACCCCCGCUUGCGCUACCCCCCCGUGCGUUAUCCCUGCAUGCGGUACCCCCGCUUGCGCUACCCCCCCGUGCGUUAUCCCUGCAUGCGGUACCCCCGCUUGCGCUACCCCCCCGUGCGUUAUCCCUGCAUGCGGUACCCCCGCUUGCGCUACCCCCCCGUUCGUUAUCCCUGCAUGCAGUACCCCCCCUUGCGCUUCCCCCCGUGCGUUAUCCCUGCAUGCGGUUACCCCCGCGGGCGCCCGCGUUACCCCAUUUCAAGUUCCGCGCUUCCCCCUCCUCUUUGCGCAGUGCAGGCGCGCGCGGGGAGGCGCGAGGCCGGAAUUGCUCUUGGUGGCGCGCGGGGGAAAGGGGAAGGACGGAACCCGCUUCUGGCGGGAGUGAGUGGGGAAGAACAGGAAACCGCUCGGCGAGUGCUGGAACUGGCCGAUCGUUCGCUCGCCUCCUAUUCAGUGCUGCAUUCAUCCUUCCUCUCCCCCGCCUCCCAAGCCGCCAUCAUGCCCGUCCUCUCCAACAUGGCUGACGUCACUGCCAUCCUCUCCGGUGGUUACUUCCAGGCGGAGCGGUGCAGAGUCUCAGUGGGACCCACAGAGCUGAUGGCAGCGGAGGGAGUGGGUGCAGACGCUGCUGCUGAUGAUGCUGUACCAGCACUGGCAGCUGGGUACCCAGGAGCCGUUGCAGCAGUGAGGGUAUCAGGCGCGUUCAAGCAAACGACAGUGUCACACGGUGACUUCCUGGGAGCAGUGCUGGGGACGGGGAUCACAAGAGACAAAGUUGGCGACGUCAUUCUUCUGGAGGGCGAGGGAGCACAGGUGAUAAUUUCACCAGACCUACAGGACUUCCUUUUCUCAUCGCUCACUGCAGUGCACCGCGUGCCAGUCACAGUACAGCCCAUUACUCUCGCGGAUCUCUCAGUUUCCCCUCCCAGAAUUGAUACGCUCCGCACGGUGGAAGCUUCCUUGCGUCUCGACGCCGUCGCCAGUGCUGCAUUCCGCCUCUCCCGCUCGAAAUUCACCGACCUCAUAGCCAAAGGGGACGUGCGAGUGAAUUGGAGGGAGGCGGCUAAAUCAGGAGUGGUGCUGAAGAGUGGUGAUGUGGUGUCAGUGCGGGGAAAGGGAAGAUGCAAGACAGGACAGGUGGGGUUCAAGAGUGGUGAUGUGGUGUCGGUGCGGGGGAAGGGAAGAUGCAAGGUGAGGAGGGGGGAAUCAGAUUAG